UAUAAAAUGAACUUCAAACAUUAGUUUUAAUGUAUCUUUCAAACAUUAAACUUCUUGCUAAAAUGUCUUAUAAACGGUCAACUAUGUGGAUUUUGUUCAGUGCACUGUUCUGGUAUUUGGCGAUCCCUACAACGGAUGGAGCGCCUCAUGAAAGUAUUCGGCGGCUCUGUGGUUUACAACAGUACAACCCGAAUAACCAACUUUGCUGCUCAGGUCAGCUGUAUGGCCGUCACAGUGAAGGAGUUGAGCAGAAAUGCUGCGGAGGUAAGACGUAUUCGGACCACUCGGCCAUUUGUUGCCAGAGCAACGCAGUCGAAAGAUCCAGCCUGCACCGGUACAUUAACCCAGAGUGCUGCGGUGGGAAUAUAUACAGCAACACAAACGCAUCCGAAGAUUUGACACAACCGAAUGCAUGUUGCGGAAACCCAGCCAUCGGUUUGUCGUACAACAGUAAAGCAUACUACUGCUGUGGUGGUAUGUUGACACGUCGGACUCCGGAAAGCAUUAUGGGCUGUUGUUGCGGAAGGCCCUUCGAGCAGCAGCUGGGAGCGUCGUACGGGCGGGAAUGCGUUAAUUGUUCAAUACAGGAGCACAGGCUACAGCAAUGCGGCGACAAGUCCUACAACCCCGCCAGUCACGUGUGUUGCGGUAACAAAGAUUUGAAGGCGGUCCCAAUGGAUGAGUUCUCGUCUCUGGAAGCUGCCCCCGUGUGGACAUGUGUGGAAGGACAGGUGAUCAACCGUAACCUCCACUCCCCGGACCGCACAGGGCUAAACAUCAUACCUACUGGCACGGACACUUGCGGUCAAGUUAUUUACGUCAAACACGAAAGUAUUAUCUGCUGCAAAGGGAAACAACGAAAAGUUGCAUCCGAUAACGUGGAGUGUUGCCAGGCAACGGGAGAACUGUACGACACAACUAUACAAAGCUGCUGUGCUGGUCAAGUGAUUCAGUUAGGUUUAUUUGGCUGCUGCAACAACGAAAUAUAUAACGACACGUAUCACGAUUGCUGCCAUGGAUUGAAGAUAUUCAACAACGACAAACAAGUGUGUUGUCUUAAUCGUAAUCGCCCGUCUGUUAGAGCCAAACAGGCCCCAAAUCAUACAGGCUGCUGCGGCUCAGAAACAUACAGCGCGGAUGAACAUGAUUGCGUCAAUGAAAAUCUGCAGCCGAUCACAACAACAACAACAACAACACCACAAUCGACGGAUGUUGAAGAGAACGGCACACAGAAACAGAGGACAUGUCCAUUUUGCUCCGAGAGAAAAGGAAACAACUCGAAAACAAGAUUUUGCAUAAAACGACGAGAAUACUCAAUAGUUCUCACGGACCUGGGAACAUCUCCGAAGAACAUGACAAGACUGAAAGGAGUGGUCCUCUCUCCCAAGCGUCACAGAGGAGAUAGGGUCGAGGUCCGUACCCCAUAUAAAUGCCACUGUUUUGAAAAGGAAGCCCUGUACCUCAUAGACACUAACAAACGAAUGAGGCCAAUGCGCCACCAAAGACGCACGCUUCGGUUGACGUCUAAGGACAAAAUGGUACCAGAGACCCAAAAGUCGCCAUGUUUGAUCUAUAAUGACUUGGAAGCAAUUUUCAACGGAAAAUCAUGACCCACAUCGCUUUAGGAUUUUUAUUUAACUUUAAUUCGCACGCGUUACCCACUGUCAUUAAAAAAUAAAACAUAAACGCUAUGGCUCUAAAUAGGCAGCACAUCUAUUGAACGGGGCAUUUAUCCUGGGACAAACAACAUACCUAUCGUGACCACGUCAAACGCCGUCGUACGACAAAACGGGCAUUUACCUGCUCAUUAUUGGGAUUUUGUGUACACAUGUAUGUUAAUGGUGAAUAUCGGAUGACAAUUGUUUUUGCAAGAAUACAAAGCUAUCGUGUUUGUGGAAAAAAAAUAUACUUACUAGUUAGCUUAUAUGCACCGUUUAAUAAGUCGAAAAUAAAGCUUUAAAUGGAU